AUGUUUCUCAUCAUUGGAGCCCUACGAAAUUUCAACACUGGCAUGCAAGCUCUGCGUGAGGGCAAAUGGAUUGGCAAGCCUGCCCCGGCCCUAGGCCAUGAUCCGGAAGGCAAGGUAUUGGGUAUAUUGGGCAUGGGAGGCAUCGGACGCAAUUUGAAAAAGAAGGCCGAGGCAUUUGGGAUGAAAGUAGUUUAUCAUAAUCGUCGUCCAUUGAGCGAUGAACUGUCAGGUGGAGCUCAAUACGUGACUUUUGAUGAGUUGCUGUCGACCAGCGACGUGCUGAGCUUGAAUCUCCCUUUGAAUGUGAGUAAUUCAAGGCCCUUGGUUCGCGCUUCGAAGGAUGUCCACUGA